AUGAAGGGAUUAGUGCACCUCAUGCUUGCUUUGACGGCGGGUUCAGUGGCCGCAAGCCCGUUGCAUGAUGUGCAGACGCCGCUAGCAUUGGCCAGGCACGGAGCGAAGGUCGAUCUCAUAAACGAACUCAAGAAAGCAGAGAUCAUACCUCAGAUCCUCGACGACUUCGUGCCCGAGCUCACCGUCGCGGCGUUCUGGGAUCAUGCUACUGCUGAGGUCGGCAAUACUGUCAAUCCGGAGCUUACACAGAAGAGACCUAAUCUGCAACUUAUCGACUAUAUUUCGGAUGACUUUGUGGCGACUACCCGAUCACUGUUGGAGCCCAGCGUUCAGUUCACGGUUGCUUUGACCGACCCGGAUGCUCCGAGUAGAGAUGAUCCGAAGUGGAGUCAGAUGUGCCAUUGGAUUGCUACGAAUGUGUCUUUGACUGAAAUGGAUUCAUUCCGAGAUCUCCUAUCUACCAGACCUUACCAAGAAGACAACGCUUUAGUCGAGACUCAAUUUAGCAAAGGCAUGGUCACCAUCAUGCCAUACAAGGCGCCUGGCCCGCCACCGAAGACGGGAAAGCAUAGGUACAUCUUCGUUGCUCUGGCGCCGAAGAAUAGGACAACAGAGACGUUACGUUUGGUGAAGCCAAGCGAUAGGCAGUACUGGGGCUAUGGAAAGGAGGGUAAAGGGGUCAGAAACUGGGCGGAGGAGAUGGGGCUCGUUGUGGUUGGUGCCAAUUUCGUAUAUGCGCAGAACAAGAAGCAAUGA